UCUGUGCAGCGACUGCGCCAACUGAAGACCUUCACGGAAAACUCGAAUCGCUUCCGCGUUCUGCUUUCGUGCAUCCUGACGCCGCUCCCUUGUGUCGCACUGGCAACGUUAAUUGAAUCGGUCCCCCUCGCGCCACCCGAAGCGGGGCCUUACAAGAACUACGUCUUCUGGGUUCGAGCUUGGAUUGUAACGGGGUUCGUCGACUAUUCCAUGGUGAUGCAGAUGAGUCAAAGCUUGGCAAAACUGAAGAUGCAGCACAGCUAUAUUAUAACGAUUGCGCUUGUUGGAAGUAUCUUCUCCUUCUUCUCGGUGUUUGCGGUGGCUGUUUGGAUCGCGUUCCCUGUACCAUUCAGUAUGCUCGUGGCUUCUCCUCCUAGUGUUUUAAUUAUUUUGGUGGGCUUUGGGUACAUGUGGGGUCGUCGCUGGUGGUCGGAUGCUGGAAUUCGUCGAGAUUUGGCUCGACACACGAUGGUUUUCAUGUGCCAGGUGGCAUUGACAUUCAUCUACCCCCUCUACAUUUUCGGUUUUACAUCUCUCACUGGGGUAUCGCAGUUGUUUUACGUCUUGGUUUUGCCGCUGAUAAAAUCUUUGAGCAAGAACUGGAUCAGCUACAACCUCUCGCACCAAAAUGACAUCAAGCCUGAAGUUGUGAUUUUUAACGUGGAAGUGUUCAACGCGCUCUACGUAUCCGCCGCCGUUCAAAAGUCUACGUCAUUAGGAACAACUGUAACACUCAUGCUGAUUGACGUGCUGCACUUUUGGUUUUCAAUGCGAGGCACUCUUGGAGUGCUUAGAAAGGUGAAGGCGUUGAUGACC